GUUGGGGGGCCGCGGAGUCGCUGUCUGUGCCUCCUCCUGAUCCAGUGCGAACGUUCGCCAAUCUCUUCACGACCGGCGCUCAGGUCAGCAGCAUCUUGCCACAGGCGGCCUAUUUACUUCACAAGGAGAAAAAUCAAAGGAGAUGCCCAACGUUGAAGAUAUCGGCAGGAGGCGCUGCAUCCCAAUCAUUCACACCAGGGGCACGCAUUACGAAGUUGGAUUUGAUGUGGGACGGACGUUCCGGGGUUUAAUCCAGAACUUCGUGGGCAUCUCAAAGCCGCUGAACCAGGUUUUCAUUCCGCUGUACAACACGGAAGCUGGGCGCCGCGUCUACGAAACCACGCUCAAAAGCGUCCGCAGCAAUUUCCCGCAGUACGUGAGGGAACUCGAGGGCACAGCCGAGGGAGCCCAAGUGCCCUUCUAUAAGCUGUUCCUACUGCACAUGGAUGACAUUCUGCCCAACGCAAUCCACGGAAAAGGCAAAAAUGAUGGAACAGGUUGUUCGACCAUCGUUUGCAACCAGCCUGGUCAUGAAAUCUUGGGCCACACAGAAGACGCUCUGCCAGAAGUUCUGAACCACAUUUACUUAGUGUCCGCCCACAUCACCCCAGAGUCCCCUCAGGGCAGGUGGAAGGUGUCCGAGGAAAAGUAUACGUCCUUGUGCUACGCCGGCCACUUGCCUGGCUUCACCAUGGGCUACAACCACCACGGCCUGGUCUUCUCUGUCAACGUGCUCAACGCGGCAAAGUUGGUUCCUGGCAAAACUCCGCGGCACUUCUUGACUCGAGCCCUCUUGGGCGCCGAGACCUUUGUAGACGUGCAGCAGAUCCUGCAGGACACGGGCUGUGGUUCUGGUGAUGCUGUCAGCAUCAACCUGACCUUCCUCAAUCAAGAGGGUGAUCGAAUGUUCCACAACGCAGAAGUUGGGCCCGCACUGGGCCAGACGAAUCAGAGCAAUCUGAACAUUCUCAACAUUAGCCCCGGUGAAUCAAUCUUUCAUUGCAACAAGUUCCUCCGUCUGCCUGUUGAGGAGGCAGAAGGUCUGGGGGUGACCUCAAGCAACCACCGACACGACACCCACCAGCAACUGUCACAGGCCAACACCAAACAGGGAGUAAUUAAAGUGCUGGGCGACCAGUCGGACAACAAAUGGCCAAUCUACAGAGAGGGACACGGCGAGGACUUUGUCAAGACCGUGGCCGUCGGGAUUUUUGACGUUGUCGAGAAGACGUGGGAACUUUACACUGAGAACCCAAAAAUCAGCAGCCCGGUGGUGGUUCUGCCGCUGGAGCUCAAGAGCAACAACUAAAGAAAAGAAAUAUUUCCCUUAAAGCUGCUAGAAGAAAAUUAGAUAAGUCUGUAGAGUUGAUAUUUUGUCCACUGUUGAAUUUUUUUUAACAAUUUUGAAAUCAUACAAAUGCUUCACAUGUUAGCAAAAAUAAAAUUGGCAAUGUUAUCUGCAAAUUUAAUAA